AUGAUCAGGCUUAAAAAUCCUACAAAAGAACAGUUUGAAAAUCUUCCUUCAAAUACUCGAUGUCCUUGUUCUCGAAUAUCUUUUCCUUAUGGUAAAUUUAUUUCAAUUCAAACAACGUUUCAUCAAAUUUGUUCAAGUGAACUUGUUUCUAAUCGAUGGUUGAAAGCAAUAAAUCUUGGGGCGAAUGCUACUUAUUUUCCUCAAGGUGACUUUCAAACGUUCGGUAGUGCUCAAUUUCAAGCACUCGCUGGUUUUUGUCGUUUAUCAAAAGUUAACAUUGAACAGAGUAUGAAUUCCUUUUAUCUAAGUACAUUCUUAAGUCCACAAGUAUUAUCUGAAACUGAUCUUCAAUCGCAAGUUCACCCAUUAAUUGAUGAGCUACAAUUAACAGCACCAAAUACAUUUAAUAAUUUAUUAAGAUUAGUAAAUAUAAUGAUAAGAACAAACGAAUUGAUGAAUGGAUUAUUAACAGCUGCGACUUAUAGAUACUAUUUCUUUUCCAGUGAUGAUAUUACUCUUAGUAGGGUAGGAAUUGGAUAUAAACAAGAUGAUGAAUAUUGGUGUAUAUGUCAAAUCAGAUUUUGUUCAUGGAGCCCUUCAGGUAUUCAUAAAGUAUUAAAUAGAUCCAUAGAACCAUUUCCGGGUUUUGUUCUCUGGCAAAUUCCAGGAAUAUCCUCAGGUUGUCUACCUGUACGUUCAAUUCUUCUUUCAGGACUCGAAUGUUUCUACAAUCAACCAUGUCUAGAUAAACUUAUUUCAUAUUUUCCAACAAAUGAAACAUUCAAAGCGAUGAAUGACACCGAACAAAGUCGAUAUUAUCCAAAUUCAACCGUACAAGCAAUAGUUGAUAAACUAAUGAUCGAAGAUUGGAUAAUAAAUAUUUCAUAUAUCAAUUAUUAUUCUCAAUGUGCACCAUCUUUAUGCACAUAUUAUAAAGUAUCUCGACAUAGUGGUGUAUAUGUCUUAAUAAAACUCAUUAGUUUAUUAGCUAGCUUAGCAUUAGUAUUCAGAUUAAUUAUUCCAAUUAUUGUUCGAUUCAUUCAAUGGUUAAAAGAUCGUCGAAUAGGACCAAGAAUUUCUAUUUGUGCCCGUUUUCGAACAUUUCUAUUAUCUAUUCGAAACCAACUUGUUGAACUGAAUAUAUUCAGGCAUUAUCCAAGCACUAAUACACAAAUACGUCAUCAACGUUAUGCUACUCGACUCUACAUAUUAUUAUUCUUCAUUUCAAUCGUAAUUUUAACAAUUUAUACUUUAUCACAAGGAUCAAUUCAAUCUAAAACUAUUUUUAAUCCAUCACAAUCUGAAUAUAUUCAGCUUCAACAAGAUUAUCUGAAUAGUCUUUCAUGUUCAUGCACAUCAAAUUCUAUGCCUUAUUCAACAUUUAUUGAGCUUCAACCUUAUUAUCAUCAAGUAUGUUCAAGUGAUUUUAUUUCUGAAAAAUGGAUGACUUACACACAUCGUAUGAAAUUUAAUGGAGUGCAUCAUUUCGAUUAUCGAGCUAUUGCUAAUACCCAUUUUCAAACUUUAUCUAUGUUUUGUCAAGAAGCUGAACAAACAAUUAAUGAUUCGCUUCGAGUAUUUUUUGAAACAGAAUUUGUAAGUUUGAACGUUAUUUCUCAACAAUCCUUUGAAUUUCAAAUAAACUCUCUCAUUGAAAAUUGGAAAUUUAAAACGAUAAACACAUUUCAACGCACUGUUCGAUUAGUUCGUGAAAUAACACAUGGAAAUCAAUUAUCAAAUGGUGGUUUUAAUUCUAUAGCUGAUGUUAAUCCAAUUACGGGAAAAGCAACCAUACAAGCAAGAUCUCAUGGCGUUUGUAAUUGUGCUUUAAAUCGACUGUGUGGUCUUGAAACUGCUAUUUAUCAAAAAUACCAAUUCUUUAUACCUAUCAUAACCUAUUCACUUCCCAAUUUCUUUACUGGUUGUUAUACGAUUGAAGCUUUACUUGCAUCAACAUUAGAAUGUUUCUAUAACCUAUCAUGUAUGUUAACAAUUCAUAAUUCAUCACAUGAAGUUGCUUCAGAACCAUUUACAUUUUCUCCUUUGGAUAAAAAUCUUAGCCAACCAAAUGAAGCUAUUUACUUAAUUGUUUAUAGAUUAAUGGUCGAUAGAUGGUUUUCGAAUUAUUCUUUUUCAUUGUAUUAUGAAAAAUGUGCUCCAUCAUCAUGUACAUUUGAAUAUGAAGAUAAUCAUCAUUUCGGAUAUGUUGUCACUACUAUCAUUGGUUUAUAUGGAGGAUUAUCACUUGGACUUCAACUUAUUAUUUGGGUGGGACUUCGAUUUAUUGAACAAAUUAUGUUGAAUGGUUGUUCUAUUUUAGUUGUUUGGCAUUUACUUAAACGUAUAUUCAGUUUUAAUAAUAAUCAUAAACUAAUUCGUCGAUUACAUUUUAUUCUUGUUGUUGCUAUGCUCUUAGUUUUCUAUAGAAUAACUGCUUUUAAUCUUUAUACAAAAAGUGUUGAAAUUCAAAAUAUUACAUUAUCUAAUUAUGAAGAUUUACUCGAACAAUCAUAUGAUUCAUUGCAAUGCCCUUGUUCACAAAUAUCGAUCAAAUACAAAUCAUUUCUUAAUAUUGAACCACGUUAUCAUCAAAUAUGUUCGAGUGAUUUUGUUUCCAACCAAUGGAUUUUAUAUUUAUUCAAUCGUGCUGUUCAUAUCAAUGAAUUAAAUCAAACUGAUUUCUAUCAUACAGCUUAUGGACAAUUUCAAUUACUUCAAACCUUAUGUAAAUUAUCUAUAGAUGCAGUAAAUCAAUCAUUUUUUCAAUUAAUCGAAAGUGAUUUUAUUAAUACUGAAAUUUUAUCUCCAAAUUUAUUCGGAAACCAUAUUCAAUCAACGAUUAAUGAAUUUCAAUCAACAAUGCCACAUUUAUUUAUUAAUACUCUUUCAUUAAUUCGAGAAAUGAUUGGAGCAAAUAUGUUACUUACUGUAUUUUCUACUAACUGGGCAAUUGAGACUCCAUCUGCUUUAUUUCAUGGAAAGUUUGCUCAUACUAUCCCACUUGAUUAUCAAGAAUGUAAUUGUGCAGUAUCAUUCAAAUGUAUUUCUCCAUCACGUGGCAUGCUUUCUGGUUGUUAUCCACUUGAAACUAUUCUACAAUCAACACUUGAAUGUCUUUUUAUUCCAACAUGUAUCAAUAUUACUAAUAAUUUCAAAAUAUUGAAUAUUUCGUUAGUUAAUUCAAGCCGUUUUGCUCUUAACACAACUGUUGAAUCUAUUGUUAAUAAAUUAAUGGUUGAAGAAUUCGCAAAUAACAUGUCUUAUGCAUCAUAUUUCAAUCUAUGCGCACCAAAGUCAUGUAGUUAUCUAUACGAUAAUACGAAUGAUAAAGUCGAAAGAAUCACAACUUUAAUUGGUCUCUAUGGUGGUUUAUCAAUCAUAUGUCUAUCACUCUCAACAUUUAUUGUGAAACAAUUUUCAUGUCGAACACAACGUGUCAGUUCAAUAACAGACUAA